AUGUGUGAGACAGAGGAUUCAGAGAGGAGCAAGUCUACGUGGGAGACCCCGUCUCUCAAAGAGUUGGAGGAGAUUUUACAUUCAGCUGCACGCUCCUGUCACCAUGGAGAUGAGGUGUGGCCGAACCUGUAUCUAGGAGACAUGUUCAUGUCUCAUGACAAGUUUGGCCUUUGGCAGCUGGGCAUCACUCAUGUUCUGAAUGCAGCUCAUGGUAAAAUGUGCUGUAAGGGCAGCGAUGAUUUCUAUGGAACCACAGUGACCUACUUUGGAGUCCCUGCCAACGACCUGCCAACAUUUGACCUUUCACCUUUCUUUCACCCUGCUGCUGACUUCAUUCACCAGGCCUUGACCUCAGGAGGCAAAGUGUUUGUGCACUGUGCUGUGGGCGUGAGCCGAUCAGCUGCAUUGGUCCUAGCCUACCUCAUGAUCCAUCACCACCUCAGUCUUCUGUCCGCUGUUCACUCUGUGCAAAAGAAACGCUGGAUUUUCCCAAACAGAGGCUUCCUGCGACAGCUAAUCACUCUGGACCAAAAACUACAAGAGGAGAGAGCUCGAGGUUUGACUGAGCCAUGA